CCCUUCGUGCUGGGAGGACAAGAAGGGGAAGGUGACAGUCUUAGUGGAGAUCAGAACCCUGGGGACAAGGCUUCAACCCUGACCCUUGCUGAGCUAUGGGUGGCACCAAGAUUCUGUGUGACAUCACUGGGGAAGUGGAGAUCAGAGCUGGGAUUGAGGAGAUGCAAGCCCAGGCUGAGAACCAGCAAGCCCAGGAUGAGAACCAGCGAGUCCAGGCUGAGCUAGCCAGAGCCCAGGCUGAGCUGGCCCGAGCCCAGGUUGAGAUGGCCCGAGCGCAGGCUGAGCUGGCCCGAGCCAAGGCUGAGCUGGCCCGAGCCCAAGCUGAGAACCAGCUAGUCGAGGCUGAGAACCAGCGAAUCCAGGCUGAGCUGACCCAAGCACAGGCUGAGUUGGCCCGAGCCCAGGCUAAGAACCAGCGAGUCCAGGCUGAGAACCAGCAAGUCCAGGCUGAGCUGGCCCGAGCCCAGGCUGAGCUGGCCCGAGCCCAAGCUGAGAACCAGCUAGUCGAGGCUGAGAACCAGCGAAUCCAGGCUGAGCUGACUCAAGCACAGGCUGAGCUGACCCGAACCCAGGCUGAGAACCGGCGAGUCCAGGCUGAGCUGAUCCGAGCCCAGGCUGAGCAGCUCCUAGCCAAGGCUAAGCAGACCCGAGCCCAGGCUGAGCUGAUCCGAGCCCAGGGUGAGCAGACUCAACCCCAGGAUGAGUGGUUCCGAGCACAGGCUGAGUGGAUCCAAGCCCACGCCAAACAGAAGAGCCAAGGUGAGCCUGAACACAGUAGGUUUGGGGACAUAUUUCAGUGUGUCUUAAAGAAGUUGAAGCAAAUUUGGAAAUGCAUUGUUCAGUUUAUUUAGUAACUCAAGGAACUAAAAUCAUAUUUUUCCUCUAUAUUCAAAUUCAUGAGAAGCACCUGUAGGGUUCCAAACAGACAAAGGUAACAGUGCGGGUCCUGCCCUCCUCUCACAUCUUGCACAGAAUGUCCUCAAGACCCUUUCUAUUGUCUACUCUGACCCUCAGGCCCCUGUGUCACCUGUUCCCUGUAUGUUUAUUCUGUUCCUCUUAU